GGAGGGUGACUCUGGACAGACAACUAAGCUCUUUAUGCCAUGGUUUUCUCACUUCGACUUGGGGAUUUUUGUCAAAAAGUCUAUUCUGUAGGGUUGUUGUGGAGAAAACCUCUAAGGUUUCUUUCUCAGUGCCUAGAACAUGGUAAGUGCUCACUAAAUGUUAGCUACACCAAGCAUCAUGUGCUCACUGUAUAGAGGAAACCGAGAACUCUGGGAAGUAAAGACAGAGUGACCCCCAGAAUUGCACCCAGGCUGUCCUACUUCCAGGCUCUCUCCACAACUGUUCCUGGUAUGCUAGGUGCAAAGCUGGUGCUGGGCCAAGUAAGGGAAAUUGUCCGGCUCCAAAGUCUCUGACCAGGGGCCACAGAGGGAUGGAAGGUAACCAUAUUAAGUUGAGGGGAAUGGAUAAUGUGAUUAUGUCCCCUAGGGUUUGGACAGGAGCCCAGGAUUUAGGGGAAGCAGGAAAGAACUCUGGUCCAAGGGUUGUGUGAUGAAUCUUCUGUCAUGAAGUCGAGAAAGGAGGACUUUGGAGGAAGGAACUUGGGGGUAAUUUGGGAAAGGGACGAUUACCCCACAUUCCAGAAGGAGAAACCGAGGUUCAAGUAGUCUACAUUGCUGGCUUCCUAUGUCAUGAGCAUGCCCUGGGGCUGGGGAUCUGAGUCUAGGGCCAGUGCUCUGUCUGCCAGCACAGUCUGCUCCAGGCACAACUGGGCAAUCUUCCUUGUACUGACAAGGCUGCGGUGCUCAGGGGAGGUCAGCCACAGUCAGGAAUAGUCAACGGAUCCAGCUGUCCCUGCACCAUGAGUGUCUCUGUGCUGAGCUUCACCAGACCCCUGGACGGUGUCUCUGGGCUCCUGCAAGUGGCCUCCCUGCUAGGCUUCACUCUGCUGUUGCUCAAGGCAGCACAGCUCUACCUGCACAGGCAGUGGUUGCUCAAAGCGGUCCAGCACUUCCCGUCCCCUCCUUCCCACUGGCUCUUUGGGCACAUCCAGGAGGUAGGAAGGGGCUGUUGCCAAAGUGAGUGUGAGCAGGGGAGGCAUGAGGCUUUGCACACAAGCUUGGAGGAGGGAGGCAAACCCUGCUGUGUCACCAUGUCUUCCCAGAUGGAGGACGGGAGCAGCAUGCCUGAUAAGGACCUCUGUGCUGAAGUUGACACGUUCAUGUUUGAAGGCCAUGACACCACAGCCAGUGGCAUCUCCUGGAUCCUCUAUGCCCUGGCCACACACCCUGAGCAUCAACAGCAGUGCCGGGAAGAGGUCCAGAGCCUUCUGGGAGAUGAGCACACUGGUGAGUGGGACCACCUAGACCAGAUGCCCUACACCACCAUGUGCAUCAAGGAGGCACUGCAACUCUAUCCGCCAGUUCCAGGCAUUGGAAGAGAGCUCAGCAAGCCCAUCAGCUUCCCUGAUGGACGGUCCUUGCCCAAAGGAUUCUUACUCAUGCUCUCUUUUUAUUGCCUUCACCACAAUCCAAAGGUGUGGCCAAACCCAGAGGUGUUUGACCCUUCACAGUAUGCACCAGGUUCUGCUCGACACAGUCAUGCUUUCCUGCACUUCUCAGGAGGAUCAAGGAACUGCAUCGGGAAGCAGUUUGCCAUGAACGAGAUGAAGGUGGCGGUGGCCCUGACCCUGCUCCGCUUUGAGCUGGCGCCAGAUCCUUCCAGGGUCCCUGUUCCCUGGCCAAGAAUUGUGUUGAGGUCCAAGAAUGGGAUCCACCUGCAUCUCAGGAAGCUGCUCUAACCCCUGUGCAGACAAGGAUGAGUCCUGAGGCCCUCCUGCCUGCCAUCCUGUCUUCCUGUCCGUCUCCCCUGUCUCCUGUCUUCUGUCCCCCUCCAGCCUCCCUGAUAGCCUCCUCUUGCCAUCAGAGUGUCUGACCUUCUCUGUCUCACCCUUUGCCAGGUUUCCUAUUUACUCAUCUUUUACCUUUUUCCUAUCUAUGUGAAUCCCUGCCUGUCCACUUAACCCAAUGCCUGCUUGUCCCCCACCUUGCUUUCCUCUGCAUGUCUUUCUCCUUUUGUACCUGUUUGGUUGUCCCUAUAUUAUUUUUUUCUGGCUGCCAAAAUAAUUUACCAUAGCCUUAGUGACUUAUAAUAAUAUCAAUUUGUUCCCUUACAGUUCUGGAGUUGAAAUUCUAUAAUUGAUUUUGCUGGAAAACAGCCAAGAAGUUGGUACAGUCACACUACCUCCAGACUUUAAGAGAGAAUCACCCUCUGCCUGUUCCAGCCUCUAGCUGCAUUCCUUGUGAUCUUUGGCUUCUGGAGCCUCCUCUAUAUUCAAAUUCAGCAGUAUCUUUCAAUGUUUUUCUGCUUCUGUAUUCAUAUCACCUUCUCUUCCAUAAAGGUUUUUGUGAUUGUAUAGCCCUGCUUGGAUAAAACAGACCUAUCUCAGGUUCCAGGACAUGGACUUGGGGAACCAUCAUUCACCCUGCUUAGUUUCUGUGUGAUUGCUAUUGGUCCAUGCUCCCAGCUCUUUCCUGUGUGUUACCUGCAUUCUUGUUUGUCAUUAUUCAUAUACCCUCUUCUUUUUUCCUCCCUGGAAUAAAGUUCUUAAUGUUGUA